AUGGUCAUGCGUGUGGGGGGUGGACAGUUUGAAAUUGCAAGCCAUUCUGAUGGAUCGCUAACACAUGCUUCUGAUGCCAUGGAUGGGAUCCGAGUCAAAGCCAUAAUGCCCAUAGGUCCACAAAUGGCUCCGUGGACACGCUGUUUGAUUUGGUUGAAGGAUCAUGCGGAGCCGAACAACUCGCAAGCUUGA